CGUUAAGCCAUCUGACGGGAGCGAGCAGUUUGUCCUCCAUCUCAUUUUGCCUCACGCUCCUCUCUCUGCGUCACCAUCGCAAUGAACAGGUCCUCCUUGCGCUCCGAAGCGUGGAAUGGCACGGAGCAUAUGCGUGUUGCCACGGCGAUGGGUGAGUCAUCAUCUGUCCAAUCUGAGAAGCUUCGCUCACUGGCUUGCUCGCUCUCUGAGAUGGGAUUGGAUAAUGGAAAUCCCCCGGGCAGCGCGAAGCAGCCUACCACGGAGCCCACCAUAGAACUUGGUAAAGGGACGUUCUUUGCAGACGGCCAGAGGAAGGUGGACUAUAUUCUGUGCUAUCAUUAUAAGAAAAGGAGGAACUCCCUGCAUCGUCUCUCCCUCACCUCUCAAGCAUCCAAUGGGAGCCUUCCGCUACCCAGCAUGCUGAGACGAGAUACGCAGCCUGAGCUGGAGGCAGGGCUGCCAGAGGGGGAGGAGUCUCACCUGAGUGAGGACGAGAAAGCUAUGAUGAGGGAGGAGUUUGAGUCUGGGCUGUUGGAGCAGGGCCUGCAGCUGGAGAGAGACAAGGAGUCUAGGUCCCAGGGUAUAGGGUUUAUCCGGCUGCAUGUUCCCUGGGCGACGCUGAGCAGAGAGGCGGAGCUACAGAAGAUCAAAGUGCCAGUCAAAAAGAGUUAUGAGUUGCGGCAGCCUCAGGGCAUCGCGGGGAAAAUAGCAUUGUUGUAUCAAACCCUGAUCAAACCCUUCCGACCUGAUGUCCCGGAAACCCUAAACACACAGUCCCACCAGAACCGAACAAAGACCCUCUCACACCCCUUCUCCAGAGACAAGCUACACCUGUUUGAAAUCAAGUCGCAGGACAUUCUAUUUGACUACGCCGUACGCAGCAGAAUAGUCAAGGAGAUAUUGACACGCACCGCCUGUACACAGACUUGCCAAGCCACUGGUAUCUCAUCGUUAUUAGCUACUGGUGUCUAUAACUCUGCCUUUCCUCCACACGAUGGGUCAUUCACCAGGAAAGGAGGGCGGGAUCAGAGGAACGACAGACAGCUCCUAUAUGAGGAGUGGGCCAACUAUGGAGUGAUGUUCAAAUACCAGCCAUUGGACCUAAUCAGGAAGUAUUUUGGGGAGGCGAUUGGUCUGUACUUUGCCUGGAUGGGAGUUUACACCCGGAUGUUGGUCCCGCCCUCUCUACUGGGCCUCAUAGUGUUCCUCUAUGGUGUCCUCACUGUCAACACUAAUGUGCCCAGCCAGGAGAUGUGUGAUGACAGUCUGAACUUCACGAUGUGUCCGCUGUGUGAUGCUGUGUGUGACUACUGGAAGCUGAGUUCAGUCUGUUCGUUGACUCGAGCCUCUUACCUGUUUGACAACGGAGCUACCACCCUCUUCGCCAUCUUCAUGUCCCUCUGGGCUGCUUUUUUUCUGGAGCACUGGAAGAGGAGGCAGAUGUGUCUGAAACAUGCCUGGGAUCUGACCAGUCUGGAGGACGAGGAGGAAACCCCCAGGCCAGAGUAUGAUCAAAUCCUACAAGAGAAGAGACGGAAUAAGAGAGGAGCCAAAAGGAGUGAGCUGGGUGGAGUGAGGUAUGGUGACGCAGAGGAGGGAGAGAAGGACAAGAUGCUCUCACAGAGGGAGCAAGAGUCAUUGACCUUGGAGGAUCGGUUGCCAGGAUACAUGAUCAACGUGUCAGUCAUUCUAAUGAUGAUGGGGGUAACGUUUUCCGCCGUGUUUGGAGUGAUCCUGUAUCGCAUCACCAUGCUGUCUAUCUGGUCCAUGAACCCAGACCCUGAGGCCAAGGCUUCUGUUAGGAUGACAGUGACCACCACCGCCAUCAUCAUCAACCUGCUGGUUGUAUUGGUACUGGAUGAGAUCUACGGAGCUAUCGCUGUCUGGCUCACGAAACUGGAGGUUCCUAAGACGGAGGCGGAGUUUGAGGAGCGUUUGAUUCUGAAAUCAUUUCUGUUGAAAUCCAUGAACACCUUUGCUCCCGUCUUCUAUGUGGCUUUCUUCAAGGGCAGGUUUGCUGGACCUCCAGGGGACUAUGUCUACUUGUUUGGCCACUUCCGCAUGGAGGAGUGUGCCCCACCUGGCUGUCUGAUAGAGCUGUGUAUCCAGCUUAGUAUGAUCAUGUUGGGAAAACAACUCAUCCAGAACAACGUGUUCGAGAUUGUUAUACCUAAGCUAAAAAAAAUGUACAGAACAUACAAGGAGAAGGAUAAAGGAGGAGAGGAAGAUGAUGAUGAGGAGGAGACGAAGAGGCCGAAGCAACAGUGGGACAAAGACUUCUCUCUGGAUCCCUAUGAGGGGCUUAGCCCGGAAUACAUGGAGAUGAUUAUCCAGUACGGGUUUGUCACCAUCUUCGUGGCGUCGUUCCCUCUGGCUCCUCUCUUUGCUCUGCUCAACAACGUGAUCGAGAUCCGCCUCGACGCUGCCAAGUUCACCACAGAGAUCCGUCGCCCAGACGCUGUGCGCCGCAAAGACAUAGGAAUUUGGUUCAACAUUCUCAUUGGAAUCAGCAAGUUUUCUGUCAUUACAAAUGCCUUUGUGAUCUCGUUCACUUCUGACUUCAUUCCUCGGACGGUGUACCAGUACAUGUACAGUCAGACUGGCAGCAUGCACGGAUUCACAGAACACUCCCUGUCCUACUUUAACGUGUCCAACUUUGAGGCUGAUUCCUCCCCCUCCUCUACACUAUUUACUGGAGUCACCAUAUGCAGAUAUAAAGACUACAGGGAUCCACCAUGGGGAGCUCAGCCAUACUCCUUCUCUAAACAGUACUGGUCUGUCCUGGCAGCUCGAUUGGCCUUUGUCAUCUUCUUUCAGAACCUGGCGAUGUUCCUGAGCAUGCUGGUGGCCUGGUUGAUCCCUGACGUUCCUCGUUCUCUUAGAGAACAGGUCAGGAAAGAGAACAUGUUGCUGAUGGAGUUCCUUGUUCAGGAUGAACAGGAGGCCGGACGCUCCAGACUUCCACAACACUCCCCCACAGAACAACCUGCACAAACACAUAACACACACUCACAUAUUGACAUCGUGGUGGAGGGGUCAGUGGGAGAAGAGGGGGCUGAGGAGGACAGAUCAGGACAAACCCUGGACAACCCAGAUAGCACUGACCCAGCAGAAGGAGGAGAAGAAGGAGGGGGAAAAGAUGGGAGAGGAGAAGAGGGGAAAGAAGAAGAGUCAGAAGAUCAGAGCGAUGGAGAAGGAGGAGGAGGAGAAGGAGGAGAAGGAGGAGGAGGGCCAGACCAGGAGGAAGUCUCCAUUGUGGAUCUGGACUCUGUUAUGGACCAGCUGUAUCUGUCAGAGCCGUCCCAGAGCCUAGCUGACAUGGAGCUGCCUGUCUCUGGAGCAGCCCCACUGGAGCAGGAGGACGAGCCACCAGGCCCAGACAGCCCUCCAGCUGCCCCAGUAGAGGACACAGCCUCCCCCGAGACCCCACUGGCCAAGACCCACCCAGCAGGCCUGAAGGCUGCAGACAGCAGGCUGUUCUCCAGAGGCCCUCCCCUCGUAGAUUCAGCAUACUCCAGGACCAAGGGCCGCUGCUCCACCCUGCCUCCCAAACAGAGAGGGCCUGAGCCAGGGCACAGCCGGCCCCGACCCAGCCACUCAACCAGCCUCACGAAGUUCCACCUUCCAGCUCUACCUCCUCUGGCCCCCUCACCUUCCCCUACAAACACCCCUCAGUCAGCCCCUCCCAAGCCCCUCCCGCCCCCUCCCAAGCCCCUGUCUCACAAUGAACUGUUAAUGCUGAAGGGGCCUCCCAGAAGAGAACCAGGAGGCUCCAGGGCUAAGGGGCGCUGCUCCACUCUGCCUGCCCGCCAGCGAGGUCCCGAGGCUGGGGAGAGCUCCUCCAGACCCAGCCACUCUUCCAGCUUCACCCGGCAGGAAGACCGUAUCCCCCCAUCCCCCAGUGAACUAAAACAAGACACCCCGGUGUGAGGAGAGGGGAAAUAGAGGGGGAGGAUUAGAGAGGGACGGCUGAGUCUCAUCAUCAGAGAAAUUGAUCUGUCCAUCUCUCCGUCUUCAUCCACCCAUCUCAUAUGACAGCUCAGAUGCAACAUUGACUUGGUUGUAGGAACCAAAUGGACCUGUUGUUCUUCAGUUAAUAGCUCAGGUCGAUUCAUUGGGUUUAUAAAGGAGAAUGAAGUGGAAUAAAUCAGGAUAAAAGAGAGUAGAGGAGAAUAAAGGAUAAUAAAAUGUAUUAAAGGAUAAUAAUGGAAAAUAUACCAAGAUAAAGGAGUAUAAAACAAGAUAAAUAAGAAUACAGGAGAAUAAAACAGGAUAAAUGAGAAUAAAGAAAAAUAAAGGAGAAUAAAAUAGAAUGAAGGAGAAUAAACAAGAAUAAUGGGGAAUAAAGGAAAAUAAAUUAGAAUAAAUUAGAAUAAAGUAUAAUAAACUAAAAUAAAUUAGAAUAAACCAGGAUAAAUGAGAAUGAAGGAGAUUAUAAACUGGGUGGUUCGAGCCCUGAAUGCUGAUUGGCUGACAGCCAUGGUAUAACAGACCGUAUAUAUACUAUGGGUAUGACAAAACAUAUAUUUUUACUGCUCUAAUUACGUUGGUAACCAGUUUAUAAUACUAAUAAGGCACCUCGGGGGUUUGUGGUAUGUGGCCAAUAUACCACGGCUAAGCGCUGUAUCCAGGCACUCCUCGUUGCGUCGUGCGUAAGAACAGCCCUUAGCUGUGGUAUAUUGGCCAUAUACCACACCUCCGUGUGCAUUAUUGCUUAAAUAUACCAGCACAAAGGAGAAUAACAGAGAAUAAACCAGGACAAAGGAGAACAAACCACGACAAAAAAUAAUAAAGGAGAAUAAACCAAGAUAAAGGAGAAUAAAAGAGUAAUCCAGGAUAAAGGAGAAUAUACCAGGACAAAGUAGAAUAAAGUAGAAUAAAGGAGGAUAAAUGAGAAUAAAGGGUAAUAAAGGAGAAUAAACCAGGAUAAAGGAGAAUAAAAGAGAAUAAACCAGGAUAAAGGAGAAUAAAAGAGAAUAAACCAGGAUAAAGGAGAAUAAAGGAGAAUAAACCAGGAUAAAGGAGAAUAAACCAAGAUAAAGGAGAAUAAAAGAGUAAUCCAGGAUAAAGGAGAAUAAACCAGGACAAAGGAGAAUAAAGGAGGAUAAAUGAGAAUAAAGGGUAAUAAAGGAGAAUAAACCAGGAUAAAGGAGAAUAAAGGAGAAUAAACCAGGAUAAAGGAGAAUAAACCAGAACAAAGAAUAGAGGAGUAUAAACCAGGAUAAAUGACAAUAAAGGAGAAUAAAAGAGAAUAAAGUACAUUAAAGGAGAAUAAAGGAGACUAAACCAGGAUAAAGGAGAUUAAAGUAUAAUAAAGUAUAAUAAAAGAGAAUAACCUAGGACAAUGGACAAAUGAGAAUAAAGAAUGAAAAAAACAGGAUAAAGGAGAAUAAACCAGAACAAAUGAGAAUAAACAAGGAUAAAGGAGAAUAAACCAGGAAAAAGGAAAAUAAAUUAGGAUAAAUGAGAAUAAAGGAGAAUAAACCAGAAUAAAUGAGAAUAAAGGAGAAUAAACCAGAAUAAAUGAGAAUAAAGGAGAAUAAACCAGAAUAAAUGAGAAUAAAGGAGAAUAGGUUUUGGUGAUUCUGAGACAAUAGUUCGUUAUCAAUAAAAUGUCACAAUAUAAUUUGAUUUUGCUGCUGGGGGACAAGGAGAACCGCAGCUCCGCUAAAACCAUUGACAACUAUAUUCUGUUUUCAACGCAUUGUUAAGUAAAUGUUAACUAUUUGGUUGUAAUAGUAUCAUGUCUUGAAGAACGAAGUCAGAACUACACAUUUCUGAUUAUUCCCCAUUUAGCUCCAUCAGAGUUUUACAGCAAUCAGUAAACAUCAAUUGAUCAUGUUUUUUCAGAUAUGUGAAGGUAUCCAGAUUCAUUUGGUAUGUAGCUAGUUAGCUAAAGCAAACAACAUGUGUCAUUUAGCCUGUUUCAUCAGAGAUUAGGGUUUUGGAAAGAGUUUUACAUUGUCAGUCAGAAUACUGUCAUCACCACUAUAGAUGGCAAGCAAAUCAAACAAUAUUUGGAUAUAGCCAUCUAGUUUAUCCCCUGAAAGUUAGCUUGUUAACUAGCCAUAUUGCCGCGAUCUGUUGUUAGCUAGCUAGCCAAUUUGACGUGGUCCAUCAAUAUCAUGUCUGUCAGCAGCAAUUGGGAUUAAACACUCUUAUAAAACAAUGUUGAAAAGGGGAUAAUGUUAGCUAACUUUGCUAGGUAGGCCUAUGUUGGUUGGAGAAAAAAGUACACUAUGUCUACUUACCACUAUGUUUAGCCAACUGUACCAAGUUUCUACCGGUAGCUUGCAAAGUAAACAUUAUCAGCUAACAGUGACGUUACAUUGGCAUAUGCGCCAUUCUGCUGCUUUGACAGCCAGACCCCAGAAAGGAUGGGAAAUUAACCUAAACCACUCAUACUGGUCAGACAUAGUUAUUUUAUAUCACUCAAAUAUCCAAUUAAUGGUGGUCAAUAUUGAGAGAUAUCGUGAGGCUACCCUGACGUAGUUAAAAAUACAUGAUCAAUUGAUGUUUAUUGAUCAUUUAAAAACAUGCAGUUACUUGCUGUAUAACUCUGAUGAUAGAGCUAAAUGUGCUAAAUUGUUUUGCAUGGAAUAGUCUAAAAUGUGUAGUUCUGACUAUGCUCUUCAAGAUGAGAUAUUACAACCAAAUAGUUAACAUUCCCUUAACAAUCCCUUGCAAACGGCACACAGUUGUCAAUGGUUUUAGUGGAGCUGCGGGUCUCCUUGCCCCUCAGCAGGCUAAUCGAACGCGCUGCACCUUUAUUGAGACGUUUUGUUGAUAACGACCUAUAAGGCCUCAGACUGAGAAUGUCCCAGUGUUCUAACUCUCUCAGCCAGUGAGAAGACACUGCUGCUGCUCACACUGCCAGACGGAACUGGACCAACCCGGGCUGAACUGGACCAGACCGAACAAGACCACACCAGACAGAGCCAGCUCCCCUCCCCCAGUAGACACAGGGCCAAUCUGAAAUGGCACCCUACUCCCUAUCAGGCUCUGGCCAAAAUAACUACACUAUAUAGGGGAAUAGGGUGCCAUUUACUCCCAGUAGACCCUCUAUGAAGUAUUUAGGUCAACAGUAAUAACAGAGCUAUGCUUGUAGAUUUAUUAUAUUACAACUGUGACAUUUUGAUAAUAUGAAAAUCAUUACUUUUGUUCAUAAGAAAAAAAAAUCUAUUAAAUAAAAAACAUUUUUGCUAU